CCACAUAAUCAGUAUCCUAACGUCUCCUAGCAGUGGUGCAAGGUAAUAACAUUAUCCUCAAUGUAAAAUUGCCUAUUUAUAGUCACUGCCUCUACCACCAGCACCAGCAGAGCCUGAGCUGAGAGGAAACCACAGUUCUCACUCCCUAGAGCAGCCCUUCCCAACAUCUGUUAAAAACAUGGUGGAUUACUACCAAGUUCUAGGAUUGCAGAGACAUGCUUCACCUGAGGAUGUUAAAAAGGCUUAUCGAAAAGUGGCACUUAAAUGGCACCCGGAUAAAAAUCCAGAAAACAAAGAAGAAGCCGAGAGAAAAUUCAAAGAAUUAGCUGAGGCAUAUGAGGUAUUAUCGCAUGAUGAAAAACGGGACAUUUACGAUAAAUACGGCAAAGACGGAUUAAAUGGUGAAGGUGGAAGUGAUUUCGACGAUUCUUCUGAAUAUGGCUUCACAUUCCGUAAGCCAGAUGAUGUCUUUAAAGAAAUUUUUGGUGAAAGGGACCUAUUUUCAUUUCAUUUCUUUGAAGACUCACUUGAAGACCUUUUAAAUAAUUCAAGGAGCUCCUAUGGAAGCAGAAACAGAGGUGCAAGAUACUUUUUCUCUACAUCCAGUGAAUAUCCAGUUUUUGAGAGAUUUUAUUCAUAUGACACAGGAUAUACACCAUUUGGUUCACUGGGCCACGAGGGACUUUAUUCAUUUUCUUCCCUGGCAUUUGAUGAUAGCGGGAUGAACAACUACGUUACUGUUACAACUUCAGGUAAGACUGUUAAUGGCAGAAAUACCAAUACAAAAAGAAUUAUUGAGGAUGACCUAGAAAGAGAUGAAGACAAUGAUGAGUUGAAGUCCUUUCUUUCAAAUGGUGUGGCAGAUGAAGAGGGCUUUGCUGAAGAAUGCAGUUGGAGAAGACAGUCAUUCAACAAUUAUUCACCAAAGUCCUGCAGCCCCAAACAUGCAAACAAUGAUGAGCAGGGUAUAACUUGGGUCACCAACAACUGGAAUCCCUCUGUUUUCUCAGCAGGAUUCAAAGAAGGUGGUAAGAGAAAAAAAAAGAAGCAUAAAGAAAUACAGAAGAAGAAGUCAACUAAAAGGAAUCGUUAAACUGAUUCUUCAGACACAUUAUGUUCAUAUAACAUUUGAAUACAACUCUCUGGGUGUUUCUGUUAA